AUGUACGGCGUAUUUUCUCCUGUUUCAUCAGAGGAGCAGCAAUACGAAGAACCGUCUUCUCCUUUGGACUUUGAUGAAAAAGCAGACAGAAUCCUCGUAAUGCGCUCCUUCUCAUCGUCUGAUGAUUCACCACCCAGCAGUGUGUCACCUCAGCCACCAACACCUUCACUGCUGUCCAUUAAAUCCGAAGAAGUUAUCAAAGAAGCCGACAGUACUUCUCACUGUCCUCAAUCAACAACUACUUCAAAUGUGACUCAAGAAAAUUCCUCAUCAUCGUCUGGUAAAGAUGUCUCUACCUCCGGUUUAACAGCGCCAUAUAGCCGGUCUGCCUCCACUUCCCUAUCUUCAGUCCUUGGAACAUUGUGUCAACCUAUCGAUCUUGCUUCAACCGUCACCUCAUAUCAACACCAUCAUCAAUCCGGGGACAGCCUUUCUGUUGACUGCACGAGUGAGUUUGAUGUUAACGAGGCAGCUAAGAGACUCUCUAUGGCAACAUCAGACCCUCUAGACCAAACAACGUCCGGCGAAGACAAGACGACAAAGAAGAAGAGUUCAAAGGAGAUCAGUGACAGCGCUGUCCGGUUCCAUGCCAAUUAUCAGCGUCAUCCUAAGCCACCAUAUCCAUACACCGGGAUGGUUAUACACGCUAUUUAUUCGGCUCCAGAGAAGUGUCUUACGCUCAGUGGUGUGAAUCACAAACUUGAGGAAAUGUUUGACUUCUUCAAAGGCUCCUAUAAAGGCUGGAAAGAUUCUGUUAGGCACAAUCUUUCCCACAACGCCUGUUUUGUGAAGGGUGGACGAUCAGUAAAUCCAGAUAGUAAGGGGAACCUAUGGCAUGUGGACAUCUCGAAGGCACCCAUGAACUGCUUCAAGCUUCAAGACACGCCAGUUGCACGUCAAGGGAACUGGGCUCAGGAUCUCCACGUACAGCUAGGAGUCCCAGAGAUUCACGUCCCUUCCAAAAAACGCACUGUUUUAGCCAUUGCAGACACCAGGGAACUCUCAUGUGAUGUAAAUCGUGACCAAAAUGAAACAUCAAGUGUUUACAGUGACGAAGUAUUCAGCAGUUCCAGUCCAGAAUCUGACUUCUCUUACCAAGCACCGCUCAGCAUAACUCCUAUAUCAACAGUUAGUGAAGAGUAUCCUUCAGCACCUUACAACGAGAGUCUCACCGAAACACGAGAACCUGCCCUCUUCUCCGACACCAGCUUUGAAGACCAGGCCGCUGGGCCAAUCAAAACCGGGAAAAUCUCUCGUCAGAGCAGAAGGUACAACCCAGCGUGGAACAAGACGAACAAGGACGAUUUGAUGAAAUCUAUCGCUCGGAAAGCUGCCAAAAAGACAUCACUGUUGUUAGAUGAUACAGCCACUCAGAACCUGUCCCCACUCUACCAGUCUCAGCAUUACCUACCGACUCAAGCCUACCCACAUCUUCAGUGCAGCCCACAGUUCUACCAGCAGCAACAGUAUAUCCCUGAGCCGAGCUUGUAUCAUCAGCCAUUCAACCGAGUGAGCGGCUACGACCAUUCAUCUCAACUUCAGCCUCCGUUGUACCAGUCAGCAUACCCCUGGUUACCCACUUACGACAGUCAACAGCAGUAUUACCCGGGGUAUCAAUACUUUCCUGGUCAACCAGGAGAAUAUAGCCAGUAUUCUCACCCUUUCUCGUCUUGGAACCAUGCAAGCUACCAGGAGCCGUAUUUUCAGCAGACGACCGAUGACCUUGCGACUGCCAUGAAAGUCUUUUAUCAGCAGCAGGGCCCAGUGGAUCUUAGUUAUUCAGAGGAGCCCAAGCAAGACGCUCCUAAGGACAGCUUGCAUAUCAAGGAUGACGACGAAGUAUAG